UCACAAGUCUUCAAGGCCGUCAUCGUAUAGACGAGUCCCUUGAUAAUGAUGGCUCGUUUCAUUUGGAUAUACGUCAUCUUGUGGAUGUUGAGAUGUCGGGAUGUUCACAUGUCUACUACGACUGCAUCUACAGAGGUUGACGAAUGUGCUUCAAACCCUUGCGGAGGAAAUGGCGACUGCGUCAGUUUGCUGAGUGUUUACAAAUGUUUUUGCCAUGAGGGGUGGAGUGGUCCAAACUGUCAAAUUGAUGAUGACGAAUGUUCUUCUGAUCCUUGCACCAAUGGAGGCACCUGUAACGAUGAAAUAGACGCUUUCUCUUGUGAUUGUCCUGUUGAAUACGGAGGAGCUCUCUGCGAAGAGGAAAUUAAUCCAUGCGAUUCGAAUCCAUGCAGUGGUAAUGGUCAAUGUGCUAAUGUACACGGUAAAUACUUUUGCGUAUGCUUCGAUGGAUGGACUGGUACCAACUGUGACACAGAUAUUAAGGAGUGCUCUUCGGCUCCGUGUAGGAAUGGAGGGACCUGUGAAGAACUACUAGAUGGCUAUAAUUGCACUUGCCCUAAAGGAUGGCAUGGACAACACUGUGAAGAAGACACUAAUGAGUGUUCUUCGGAUCCUUGUGAGAAUGGAGGGUUUUGUGUGGAUGGAAUAAACAUGUUUACUUGUAACUGUUCUGGAGGCUAUACAGGACAAUACUGUCAGACAGAUAUCGAUGAAUGUGCUUCCCAACCCUGCAUGAACGAGGGAACCUGUAUUGAACCUCAGACUGCACCUGACUAUUAUUACUGCAGCUGUGUAGAUGGUUUUGAGGGUCAAAAGUGUGAAAAGGAAAAAAACAAGUGUUCCCCUGAUCCUUGUAUGAAUGGAGGUUCAUGUGAAAACAAAUUCAACUCAUUUACCUGCCACUGUCCAUUUGGCUACCAGGGGCUGCGAUGUGAAGAAGAGAUCAAUCCAUGUACUUCUCACCCGUGUUUGAAUGAGGGAAUCUGCUCGAAUGAGAUAAUCAGAUUUACAUGCACCUGUCCCGGUGGUUAUACUGGUCUUCGUUGUGAGCAAGAUAUUAACGAGUGUUCCUCGAAUCCGUGCUUGAAUGAAGGAUCAUGUGAUGACGAAAUAGAUCACUAUAAUUGUCGCUGCCCCGAUGGUGUGAUUGGUUUACGCUGUGAGGAAGAGAUCAAAGAGUGCGAUUCUGAACCCUGCUUGAAUGGAGCAACCUGCACGGACGGGAUCAAUGCAUUCUCAUGUAAUUGUUUGGCGGGUUAUAGUGGUCAACGAUGUGGACAAAAUAUUGAUGAUUGCUCCGCUGAAGCAUGUGCAAAUGGGGGAACCUGUGUGGAUCAUUUAAAUGCAUAUACCUGUGAGUGUCCUAAAGGUUUUCGUGGAGCUAUUUGUGAGAACGUUCACAUAUGUAGUCGGAAUGGCGUAUGUAGGAAUGGUGGUACAUGUGUCCCGGAUGGAAUUGAGGGGGAGUGUUUUUGUCCCCUCGAAUAUACCGGAAAUCUCUGCGAAUAUAUUAACGAGUGUUCUUCAGACCCUUGUCUUAAUGGAGGUACUUGUCGUGACGAAGUUAAUGCAUUCACAUGUAAGUGCCCUGCUGGUCUCCUUGGACAACGCUGUCAAGAUGCUGCUUGGUGUUCCAACGAUAUCUGUAACGGGAACGGUAUCUGUGGUGUAGUGGACGGCGAACCGACAUGCAUCUGCUCGUCAAACUGGGUCGGAACAUUCUGUAAUAUUGAUAAUCCAUGUCGGCCGAACCCCUGCCAGAAUGACUGUACGUGUAGUGUCACUGUUACCUAUACAACCCAGUGUAACAGUGACUCUUCCCUCAUCACCGGUCCAUUUUGUGAAAAUGUUCAUGUUUGUCUUUCUGGCGGUGUUUGCUCGAACGGUGGUUCUUGCGUCCCCACUGGACCAGGGUCAUAUGAUUGUAACUGCACUGUUGGGUACACUGGUACAACGUGUGAGAGUAAGUCUGAUUUGUCCAGGUAUCUGGGAGUUCUUAUUCAUUUUUCUUUUUAUUUAUUUAUUUCCAGGCAAGAUGAUAACAUACAAAACAUCACAAGGUUGACAACUUCACUGUGCCCCGAUGACCUGUGUAACGGGAACGGCGACUGCAGUGUGACUGGCGGGAAUUCUGUAUGUCUCUGUUACAUAAACUGGGUUGGAACAUUCUGUAAUAUAGACAACCCUUGUUUGCCAACAAAUCCAUGCCACAAUCUGGGACAAUGCACAUUCAGUGUUGAUGAAUCAGCAGCUACUGCCUCAUGUACGUGUAAUCCAUCCUGGACAGGCGACUUCUGCACUAUUGCCGUGGCGGCGUGCUUACCCGGUUCAUGUAGCGGGAAAGGAGCUUGCAGUGUUGACAACAAUGACAUCAUAUGCGACUGUUAUCUGGGCAGCCUAGGACCAUCUUGUGCUAUCGAUGAUCCAUGUGUACCGACUCCCUGUCUAAAUGGGUGCUCAUGUAGCGUUACAGAUGCCUAUGCAGCACGAUGUACAAGCAGUUCACCACUCAUCACCGGUCCAUUAUGUGAAAAUGUUCAUCCCUGCUUGAGUUACCCAUGUGAGAACGGAGGAACAUGUAGAGCUGAUUCAUCUCAGGGAUACAACUGUUUAUGUCGAGAGGGGUUCACUGGAAAUGAAUGUCAAAAUGUUCAUCCCUGCUUGAGUUCUAACCCAUGUGAAAACGGAGGAACAUGUAACGCUGAUGAUUCAUCCCAGCUAUACACCUGUUCAUGUUCAGGGGGAUUCACUGGAAAUGAAUGUCAAAUCGGUGAGCGAUUGGAUGCCUUAGUUCCGUGUGUUACAACGGAGGUACCUGUCGAUCUGACCAACUUACUGGAUUAUUUGCGUCUUGUCUCUGUACCUCCGGGUACUAUGGCUAUAAAUGUGACAGUGCUUAUCCUUGUACGCUACAGAAUUGCUUCGGAAGAGGAACUUAUGAUCCUUGCUUCCAAACGCAGAACCCUUGUCAAAAUGGAGGCACGUGCUCGUACUCUGGUGGUUGGACGAAUCCACCCGUAG